AUGUAUACAGAAAUUGAAGGAACUCAUAAGAUUGGUUCUCAAUCCCUCUAUACCAAAACCUGGAAACCUAAUGCUCCUCCUGUAGCCAAACUGAUUUUCAUCCAUGGUUUCUCCGACCACGUAAAUCGUUACUAUAUCCUAUUCCCCACACUCGCCUCACGCGGAAUUGAAGUACACGCUUUCGAUCAAAGAGGAUGGGGACGUAGCGUCACCAAGCCCUCCGAAAAAGGUCUCACGGGUCCAACUUCUUUGGUCAUCUCUGACAUCGUUUCGUUUAUUAAGACACAAUUGCCUUCUCCAGUUCCAGUCUUUUUAAUGGGUCAUUCGAUGGGUGGUGGUGAGGUUAUUACGUUGGCUAGUGAUCCACAAUAUGCGGAAUUGAUGAAUAGCAUCCGAGGCUUUAUUUUGGAGAGUCCUUUCAUUGCCUUUCCAAAGGGCUUUGAACCGAGUUUUCUUACCGUAUUUUUUGGACGAUUGGCAGGCAAGUUUCUACCACAUAAACAAAUGGUGAAUAAACUUCCACCUGAGAAUCUUACCAGAGAUCCCGAGGUUAUCAAGUCGAUCAAUGAGGAUACCCUGAUGCACAACACGGGAACACUAGAGGGAUUAGCUGGUAUGUUGGAUAGAACUGCUGCGAUGAACCAGGGAAAGACGAAAUUAAAUCCUGGGGUCAAAAGCUUGUGGUUAGGGCAUGGGACGGAGGAUAAAGGGACGAGUUUCGAGGGAAGUGAGAAGUGGUUCAAUGAGCAAACGAGUUUGAAGGAUAAGGAGUUCAAGAGAUAUGAGGGAUGGUUCCAUCAAUUGCAUGCGGAUCUGCCGGAUAACCGCGAGGUUUUCGCUAAGGACGUUGGGGAUUGGAUUCUGGCUAGAUGUGAUGAGGAUGCUACUAAAGCGGGGCAAUCGAAGUUGUGA